AACGAGUGUUUGUUUGUGUGAUAAGCACUGACUCAACACAACCUCGACAUCACAUUCAGUGGUCAGCCGGUGAUCAGUGGUCUACACAUCUGCAGACAUUUGUGUCAACACCUACUCAUUGCCAUCAAUGCAUACGAUGGACAGCACCGGGAGUACGGUUCCGGCCUUCAUAACAAAGUUGUGGCGAUUGGUUGAGGACAACGAUUACGACCAUCUGAUCCAAUGGAAUGAGAAUGGGCGCAGUUUUAUGAUCCACGACCAGUCAAAGUUCGCCAAAGAACUGCUUCCACUGUACUUCAAACAUAAUAACAUGGCUUCGUUUAUAAGACAACUCAAUAUGUGUAUGCAUUCACACAUUCACUCACUUGAUAUGCCACUAAUCACUCAAAUAUAUCACUCAUAUUCAGAUGGCUUUCGCAAAGUGGCGAGCAUUGAAAACAGUGGACUCCGUGCGGAACGCGAUGACAUCGAGUUUUAUCACCAGUACUUCACUCAGGGAAAGGAAUCCGAUUUGCUGUUCAUUAAGAGAAAGAUUCCUGUAGGAAAGGCUGGAUCUCCUUCUGAUGCCCUUAAACACGAAGAGGUGUCCGAAAUAUUACAGGACGUCGAGGCUAUCAAAGGAAAACAGGGAUCAAUGGACGGCCUGUUGUCGACAAUACAGAGGGAGAAUGAGGCGCUUUGGAGGGAAAUCGCAAUUUUGCGACAAAAACACCACAAACAGCAACAAGUGGUCGAGAAGUUGAUCCAAUUCUUAGUGUCUUUAGUUCGCGGAAAUAUGGGAAUCAAAAGGAAGGCUCAGCUUAUGAUCGAUGACACCGAAGAGAAUCGCCAUUUGUUGAGGAAUAAAAUGAUAAAACGUAAUGAUUUUGAUUCAGACAAUCCCCGAUCCAAUGGCCCUAUCAUUCACGACGUGACCGAUUUGGACGAAGCCAUCAUUAACGCCAAAUCGCCGCUCAUUCCCUCCUCCGACCCGUUGAGUGAUUUGUGUGAAACGGCGUCUCAAGUGAACGCAUUGGCCGCCGAUUCACCCACUGAUCAACUAAUAGCCCACUCAUCCGCUUCUGUACCAACUCUUCAUAUAUUAGAUCCUUUGCAGCAAAGUAUUAAAGAACUGGGUUUAGUGCCCGACCCCUCACAACAGCCCAUUGACGUGUCGUUGCCCAUUGACGACACCAUAUUGCAGAGUACUCUGAAUACGCCUCAGAUCUCGUCCACUGACUUAGAGAGAGGUUUUGGGAUAACGAACACCAAUAUUGAUAUAAAACCAAAUGAUAUCAAAGAUUUAGUGGUUUCCACGCAAAAUAGCGACCAAAUGAUUACUCCUAUAAAUACAAGUGCUUUCAAUGAUCACAUCGAGGGAAUCGACGCCGAGUUGGAUUGGCUACACGACCAGAUCGGCUCCGGGAUCAAUAUCGACACAUCCACUCUAUUGGGGCUCUUUUCAAUGGACGACGACAACAGCUCCAACCCAUACGGCAUGUCUUAUCCCAACAAACAAAUCGUUGGCAAUGAAGUCAUUCAAUUCAAUCCCAACUCAAACACACUGUUCGAUGACUUGGAUUUGGAUACUUAUGAGUCCAAUGAUGACUCGCGAGACCUCUUGGAUGAGCCAUUAUUGCCAGACCUAGGAAUUGGCGGUGAGGGCGCAGUUGGCUUUCCUUCCGAAGCCAACCUUCAACCCAAGACUUCACUCAAAGAUCAGAAAACUGUGCCAUAAGUGUGAAGCCGUCGAUUCAUUUAAAUGUGGAUUCAUUUGAAAUAAUAUCAAACAAAUGAGAUAUAAAUUUAGUUUUGAUCUGAAAAUUAUUUUUUUUGUGGUCACUUCUAAUGAAAAUAUAUUUUGAGGCAAAAACUAUACACUAGUUCUCAUUGUCUUAACACGUGAAAUGAAAAUUAAUUAAUACCUG